UUAGGAUUCUCCACACAUUUCUUUUACUCUCCAAAACCCUUUAUAAACACCCUUCAAAGUUCAAACCCACCUUAUUAAAAACAUAUUCCGUAGUAAACUCCCUUAAAAUUCAUUUUUACCUCAAACAAAAAAAAAAAAAUGGCAACAAACGAUGAAGUAAAAUUGUUGGAUUUCUGGGCAAGUCCAUUUGGAAUGAGAGUGAGGAUAACAUUAGCUGAAAAAGGAGUGAAUUAUGAAUACAGUGAACAAGAUUUGAUGAAUAAGAGUGAAUUACUCUUUAAGAUGAACCCGGUUCAUAAAAAGAUACCGGUUCUGGUUCAUAAUAAUAAACCGGUUUGUGAGUCUCUUAUCAUUGUUCAAUACAUUGAUGAAGUUUGGUCUGAUAAAGCUGCUUUGAUGCCGUCUGAUCCUUAUCAGAGGGCUCAAGCUCGUUUUUGGGCUGAUUUUGUUGAGAAGAAGAUUUAUGAUACUGGGAGGAGAGUUUGGACCACUAAAGGAGAAGAUCAAGAGGCGGCGAGGAAGGAAUUCAUUGAGCAUUUGAAGCUAUUGGAGCAAGAGCUAGGAAACAAACCAUACUUUGGAGGUGAUAAAUUUGGGUUUGUUGAUGUUGUUUUCAUCCCAUUCUAUAGUUGGUUUUACGCCUAUGAAACAUUGGCUAACUUCAAGAUUGAAGAAUCUUGCCCAAAAAUCAUUGAAUGGGCUAAAAGGUGCAUGCAAAGGGAAAGUGUGGCUAAAGCUCUUCCUGACCAAAACAAGGUUUAUGAGUUUAUUUUGCAGUUAAAGAAGAGGUUGGGUCUUUAGAGAAGUUGGUUUUUUAUGUUGCAUUGUAUGGUUUGGUGAGAGUAAUAAUGUAGUACGUUAUACGUAUAUGUCAUGUAUGUGUUGGUUUAGCUGUAUUUGUAUUAGUACGUGGCAUUAAUGUAAUAGAUUUCAAGCGAGUUGAGACUCCAUUUAUUUGAAAACUAAGGCGUAUAUUGUCGUAUGAAUAAUGAUGUAACUUGAGUACGUGUUUCUA